CGCUCAUCACGUAAGGAGAAAAUCGAUCCAUUCAAGCAGAUUCGUGUCCAAUAUGAAGGCCUGUUUAGCAGUCCUGGCUGCGAUAGGGAUCAUUAUUCUGUCAACGCCCACUGCAGACGCUCAAUUGUUCGCAUAUAGCGUUGGUGACUGGAGUGAUUGUUCAGCUACUUGCGGAGUGGAGGCGUUCCAUUCCCGCAGUGUUAGUUGUAUAAGUAUUGAUACCGGAAGUACAGUAGACGUGAGCAAUUGUGCUUCUCUCUCACUGCCUGACACUGUCGAACUUUGCGAUAAGAAUGAAUGUGGCGUGGUUUCUUCAACUGGUCAUGAAUAUGUAGUCGGAGAGUGGGGAGCCUGUACCGCGUCUUGCGGCAUAGGAUACCGAACAAGAUCGGUUGAAUGUAGAAACACUGCCACAAACGGUAUAGAAGAUAUUUCGUUUUGUUUUGAACUUGGGAAUAUUGCUCUUCAGCAGUCGUGUAGUCUUCCCCCUUGUCCAAAUCUGCUUGUCGAUCUGUAUGUAUUUGGAAUUGGAUUAUGGAGUGAUUGCUCAGCUUCAUGUGGGAUUGGAAUUCAGACACGAUCAAUAACAUGCAAACUGAGUUCAUCCCAAAUGGUUGUAGAUCUAGCGUUUUGUGCCAGUCUUGAACCAGAACCCACCGUUCAAGGGUGUCUCAUUGCAGACUGUGUAACAUCAAGUUAUUACUACUAUACCGGUCCAUGGAGCUCGUGUUCAUCUACCUGUGGCACUUCGUUCAGAGAACGUGUGAUUGAAUGCCGUGAAUUUGAAAGCGACUUAAUGGUUUCAGAUGACCUCUGUGAUGACUUAGCUUCUGAAGCCUCUCAAGAAAUUUGCAAUGAUCUGCCGAGUUGUCCAGCCGUUGCUGUUAGUUACGAGUACUAUUUAACUGACUAUGGAACGUGUAGCGAGACAUGCGGCGUAUCCUACCGGACACGAGACAUUUUUUGCCGUGAUAUAGCCACUAUGCAAACUGUUGAUGUAGUAUAUUGUGCUACUAUCGAUCCACUUGACAAUGUUAUCAUACAGGAACUUUGUAAUGUUCCAUUCUGUGACACUGAUGUUUACGAGUAUGCAACAGAAGAAUGGUCAGAUUGUACAGCAACAUGUGGCGAUUCUCAACGGACACGUGUUGCCUACUGCCGGGAGAUCAGUACAGGAACGGUUGUGGAUGCUUCUCUUUGUAGUGGACUUACUGAGCCAUCUACCAGUGAGCCAUGUAUAGUCAGUAACUGUCCCAUAUUUGUUUCGUAUGAAUAUGUCACGGGAGAGUUCAGUCAGUGUUCUGCGAGUUGUGGAGCAACAGCAUACCGGGAAAGGACUGUCCUCUGUCGAAUCGUUGACACAGAAACAUUUGUUGACAUUGGAUAUUGUAUAGGAGCACUACCCAGUACGAUGGAGUCGUGUGGUCUGGCAGACUGCCCAUCACUAGUGUAUGAAUAUUUAAUCGGUGAAUGGUCAGACUGUACUGCCACUUGUGGUCCAGCAAUCCAGACAAGAACGGUCGAAUGUCGCGAAACAGUUUCUUUCAAUGUGGAAAGUGUAGAUACAUGUGUUGCGAAUGGGCUUGUCCUGGUACCUACAGCCCAGGCUUGCGUAUAUAUUGAGUGCCCAGAUGUUGCAAGUUAUUCAUACGUUAUUGGAGAAUGGAGUGCCUGCUCAGUAUCUUGUGCAACCGGUACUAUAACCAGGUCAGUAACAUGUCGUGAAGGCAACACACUCGCUGCUGUUGAUGUUUCCGUGUGCGUCAGCAAUGGUCUUGGAGAAGUCACCACUACAGACGAUUGUGUAUUGGCCGCAUGCCCAGAAACGUUCCAAUAUGUUGCGACAGAUUGGAGUGCAUGCACAGUUACAUGUGGAACUGGCUCACAGACAAGAGAUGUAAUGUGCGUAGUGGCGGGCACUACAAUGGUCGUAGAAAGUUCUUUUUGUGACAGCCUAGAUCCUCCAGUGACAUCAGUUGUAUGUAAUGAAGAAACCUGUCCUUUCAUCGAAAUAGAUGUCUCAGAGUGGAGUGCCUGUUCGUCAACUUGCGGAUUUUCAACCCGGUCUCGAACAGUUCGAUGUCUGGAGAAUACAGGUGUUGAGAUUUCCCUGUACUUCUGCUUGGACGCAGGUCUAACACUACCAAAUACGGUUGAGUUUUGCAGCGGACUACCAGCUUGUGAUAAGGUGUAUUCAUAUGUUACUGGAACAUGGGGAUCGUGCUCCGUAACCUGUGCCAGUGGGAUUCGAAGUCGCUCUGUUAUAUGUGAAGAAGUAGGAACGAAUGUUAGAGUAGAUAAUAGUUUCUGUUCUGGGCUUACUGCUCCAGAAUCAGAUGAGAUCUGCACUCUAUCUGCUUGUCCUACGUAUGGUUUCAUUACCGGUGAUUGGUCAGUGUGCUCUGUAACCUGUGCCAAUGGAGUUAGAAGUCGCUCUGUUACUUGUGUAGAAGUAGGAACAAAUGCUGCAGUAGAAAACAUUUUCUGUGCUGGACACACUGCUCCAGAUUCAAGUGAGAUCUGUACACUGGCUGCUUGUCCUACGUAUGACUACAUAACCGGUGAUUGGUCAGUGUGCUCUGUUACCUGUGGCGCCGGCAUCAGGACCCGAGAUGUCGCUUGUCGAAUUGUAGGAACCACCACUGUUGUUUCAAAUGAUAACUGUGGUGCCACAGAACAGCCGACCUCUGUGGAAGUCUGCACUCUGCAAGCUUGCUCAGUUUACAAAUAUAUUGUAGGCGAAUGGGGAACAUGUUCAGUGACAUGUGGAGCCGGCCAAAGAGUACGCACCGUUACAUGUGUUGAUACGCACUCAGCAGUAGAAGUUGAUAUUUCUCUCUGUCCUGGACCUGUCCCUGACGAAAUUCAAACGUGCGAGCUGGAUACGUGCAUUAUCUACUCUUUUCAGUAUAGUGCAUGGACAGAAUGUUCCGAGACAUGUGGCGAUAGCGCUAUCCGAUACAGAACUGCCACAUGCAUCGUAGAUGGUACACGAGAUGAAGCAGAUGAGAUACAGUGCAUCACACAUGGACUUGUAAAAUUAAGCACGGAAGAGAACUGCUUUCAUGUUGGCUUUGUGGGGUUAUGUCCAUUCUAUGCGUUUAACCUUGGCGAAUUUGGUGAAUGUUCAGUGACAUGUGGAACGGGCCAGAGAGUACGCUCAGUAAUAUGUUUGGAUAUAUACUCAGACGUAGAAGUUGAUAUUUCCCUCUGUCCUGGAACUGUACCUGUCGUAACUCAAAGCUGUCAGCUAGAUGCAUGUCUCAUAUACCAAUAUCUACAUUCUGAAUGGAGUGUGUGUGACUGCAACAACCUGAUACGUUCGAGAGCUGUGAUGUGCGCUGAAAUUUCUGCUGGUGUAGCUCAGAGUUACAAAGACGAAAUUUUCUGUACAGCAGACGGUAUCAUAAAGCCGCCCAGUGUAGAAGCAUGCGUUCCAGAGCAAGGAGCUUGCGAGGGUAACUGGGUUACAGGCGAGUGGUCAGAGUGUUCAGUUACGUGUGCUGAUGGAAUCCAAAGCCGAAAUGUCUACUGCACAGACAAGUUUGACGCUACCCUGACUGUUGCUGACAACCAAUGUAAUUCAGAUAGUAAGCCAGAUAGUCAGCAGGCUUGCAAACUCGAUUCCUGCUCCGUGUACAAUUAUCAAUUCUACGCUAGUACCUGGAGUGACUGUAGCGCUACCUGUGAUGAAGGAAUACAGACAAGGAUUAUCAUUUGUACUGAAUUCGUUAAUAAUAUCCUUACCGGGUCAGUUGCUGAUACGUUCUGCGAAGGUAUAAAACGCCCUUCAGAAUCUCAAACAUGUAAUCUGGUCGCUUGUCAAGGAACCUUCUAUGCCGGAGUCUGGGGACCAUGUUCCGUAACAUGCGGCUGUGGCGUGCAAACUCGAGUUGUGGAAUGCAGACUAACUAAAGAUAAAGCAGUGACAGCAGUGGUUGAAGACCGAUGCACAGGCACAAAACCAAUCGUGGAACAAGAGUGCCGAAAUGCAGCUUGCCCAGAACCAUUUGAUUGCGGAACAACUUACUCAGAAGAAUCCGGUGUAAUAUAUUCUCCUCAAUACCCAAUGAGUUAUCCAAAUGACCUGGACUGUACCGUUACAAUUGACCUUGCCCCUGACGUCAUUGCUAACGUUGGCUCCCUGGUCCAGAUCGCCAUCACGCGAUUCGAACUUGAAGACGAGACUAACUGCAAAUUCGACAACCUUCAGAUCAAUGAUGGUGUUGUCACCGAAAUUCUUUGUGGAAGUAUGGAUGCUCUGCCGUAUUUGAUAACUGCCUCCGGUUCAACGGUGCACCUAACUCUUCAUACAGAUGCAACAAUAACAGAUGCUGGUUACAUUAUAACAUACACGGCAGUUCAACCAUCUCCUGCUCCUUAGUUAAUGAUAUUAAUUUUAACUCUAAAAUUUUGACCAUAAUAAAAUUGAAUAGGCUGAAAUAGAUUAAAAAUGUACUUAAUAAAGGUAGAUAAAUGUUAUAGUUCAGAAGAUGCGUAUGCUUUAAUAGGCUAAAUAUUCAGUCAACGAGUUGAUUUAACCUAAACAUUGGUUGUAGGCCUAAGCGUUCAUGAGCCUGUGGUUUUAUUCAAUUAAUGUGGUCACUUGUAUCGUUUUGAGCGUUUGAAGAAACAAUAUAAUAUACUACCGUAACUGCAACCAACACUCAGAGUAAUUAAUAUGAGCUAAUAUUUAUUCCACUCUUUCAUCGCCAGGAAAACCAACCAUGUGUUGAUAUGUACAUAAUGUAAAUCUCUUAAUCCUAAUUAUUAACAAUUGUAUCUUAUUUUUAGGCCUUAUAUUUUUACUAACAAAUUCUCAUUUUUAGAUUUAGAAAACUUAAAUAAUUCAUUUAAAAUAUGAUAGUGGUAUGAUUAAUACAUAUAAAAAGGGGCAUCAUUUCACUUUACAUGUGUUACAUUGGAAAUGUGUUAUUUGACAGGUAAAUGCAAUGCCAUUUAAAGACAAUUUCAUACUAAAAACAAUAAAUGUUGUUAUUAUAAAAUAACGGAAAAUAUACUAGUAGUAUUAUUUAUUCAUACUAACCAACCUGGUCUGUUACAAUCAGGAUUUCACUGUUCCCUGAUUAAAAUACUAUGCACAUGGAAA